AUGGCAACUUCACUUCUAGGGGAAGAACCGAGGUUGGGAUCCACUCCUCUGGCCAUGCUUGCGGCUACCUGUAACAAGAUCGGCAGCCCCAGCCCGUCUCCCUCCUCCCUCUCGGACAGCUCUUCUUCCUUCGGGAAAGGUUUCCAUCCUUGGAAACGCUCCUCGUCCUCGUCCUCCGGCAGCUGCAACGUCGUGGGCUCCAGCCUCUCCAGCUUCGGCGUGUCGGGCGCCUCCCGGAACGGCGGCUCGUCCUCGGCGGCGGCCGCGGCGGCGGCGGCGGCCCGAGCCGCGCAUGCGCUCUGCAGCCGCGCGCCGAGCGGCGGCGGCGGGGGAGGCGGCGGCGGCGGCUCGUCGGCGCACACGCAGGACGGCUCGCACCAGCCCGUCUUCAUCUCCAAGGUGCACACCUCGGUGGACGGGCUGCAGGGCAUCUACCCGCGCGUGGGCAUGGCGCACCCCUACGAGUCGUGGUUCAAGCCCUCACACCCGGGCCUGGGGGCUGCGGGCGACGUGGGCUCCGCCGGCGCCUCCAGCUGGUGGGAUGUGGGCGCCGGCUGGAUCGACGUGCAGAACCCGAACGGUGCGGCGGCGCUGCCCGGCUCGCUGCACCCGGCCGCCGGGGGGCUCCAGACCUCGCUGCAUUCCCCGCUCGGAGGCUACAACUCGGAUUACUCCGGCCUGAGUCACUCGGCCUUCAGCAGCGGUGCCUCCUCGCACCUGCUCAGCCCCGCGGGCCAGCAUCUCAUGGACGGCUUCAAGCCGGUGCUGCCGGGCUCGUACCCGGACUCGGCCCCGUCGCCGCUAGCCGGCGCGGGGAGCUCCAUGCUGAGCGCCGGGCCGUCGGCGCCUCUGGGCGGCUCCCCGCGCUCCUCCGCCCGCCGCUACUCGGGCCGGGCCACCUGCGAUUGCCCCAACUGCCAGGAGGCAGAGCGGCUGGGCCCCGCCGGGGCGAGCCUGCGGCGCAAGGGUCUGCACAGCUGCCACAUCCCGGGCUGCGGCAAGGUGUACGGCAAGACGUCGCAUCUGAAGGCGCACCUGCGCUGGCACACGGGCGAGCGGCCCUUCGUGUGCAACUGGCUCUUCUGCGGGAAGCGCUUCACGCGCUCGGACGAGCUGCAGCGGCACCUGCGGACCCACACCGGCGAGAAGCGCUUCGCCUGCCCCGUCUGCAACAAGCGCUUCAUGCGCAGCGACCACCUGAGCAAGCACGUGAAGACGCACAGCGGCGGCGGGGGCGGCUCGGCGGGCUCGGGAAGCGGCGGCAAGAAGGGAAGCGACACCGACAGCGAGCACAGCGCGGCGGGCAGCCCGCCCUGCCACUCCCCGGAGCUGUUGCAGCCCCCAGAGCCCGGGCACCGCAACGGCCUAGAGUGA